ACCAGUUUCACAGGCACAGCUGAGUUUCUUGGGGACGAAACCAAAAAAAACCAAACCAACCCAACCCACUGCAAAGGCAGCGCUCUCGGACUGGGCUGCUCCCCUCGCCCUGCCCUCCCGGGAUCUGGUGGAGCCAUGAGCUGGGGCACGGAGCUGUGGGAUCAGUUUGACAACUUAGAAAAACACACACAAUGGGGAAUUGAUGUUCUGGAAAAAUACAUCAAGUUUGUAAAAGAAAGAACGGAGAUUGAAAUCAGCUAUGCAAAGCAACUUAGGAAUCUUUCUAAGAAAUAUCAACCCAAAAAGAACUCCAAAGAAGAGGAAGAAUACAAGUACACAUCAUGUAAAGCCUUCUUAGCCACUUUAAAUGAAAUGAAUGACUAUGCUGGACAGCAUGAGGUCAUUUCCGAAAACAUGACCUGUCAGAUCACUGCAGAGUUAGCACGCUAUGUGCAGGAGCUGAAACAAGAAAGGAAAUCGCACUUCCAUGAAGGCAGAAAGGCACAGCAGCAUAUUGAAACUUGCUGGAAACAACUUGAAGCAAGUAAAAGGAGGUUUGAACGAGACUGCAAGGAAGCUGAUAGAGCGCAGCAGUAUUUUGAGAAGAUGGAUGCUGACAUCAAUGUUACAAAAGCAGAUGUUGAAAAGGCGAGAUCCCAAGCUCAGCUACGACAUCAAAUGGCUGAAGAGAGCAAAGGAGAAUACUCAUCCAUUCUUCAGAAGUUUAACCAUGAGCAACAUGAACAUUAUUACACACACAUACCAAACAUCUUCCAGAAAAUACAAGACAUGGAGGAAAGGAGGAUAGUGAGACUAGGUGAAUCCAUGAAGACCUUCUCCGAAAUCGACCGCCAGGUGAUCCCCAUCAUUGGGAAGUGUCUGGAUGGAAUAACAAAGGCGGCUGAAUCGAUUGAUCAGCAAAAUGAUUCGCAGUUGGUAAUAGAAGCCUUUAAAUCAGGGUUCGAACCUCCGGGAGAUAUCGACUUCGAGGAUUUCACUCAGCCAAUGAAGCGCACUGUCUCUGAAUCCAGCCUUUCCAAUUCCAGAGGGGAUGGAAAAUCUGAGCCCAAGUUUGGUGGCAAAUCGAAGGGCAAGUUAUGGCCAUUCAUCAAGAAAAAUAAGCUUAUGUCCCUUUUAACAUCCCCCCAUCAGCCCCCUCCUCCUCCCCCUGCCUCUGCCUCACCCUCUGCUGUUCCCAACGGCCCCCAGUCUCCCAAGCAGCAAAAGGAACCCCUCUCCCAUCGCUUCAACGAGUUCAUGACCUCCAAACCCAAAAUCCACUGCUUCAGGAGCCUAAAGCGCGGGCUUUCUCUCAAGCUGGGUGCAGGACCAGAGGACUUCAGCAAUCUCCCACCUGAACAAAGAAGAAAGAAACUCCAGCAAAAGGUUGAUGAACUAAACAAAGACAUUCAGAAAGAGAUGGAUCAAAGAGAUGCCUUAACAAAAAUGAAAGACGUCUAUAUCAAGAACCCACAGAUGGGAGACCCAGCCAGUGUGGAUCACAGAUUAGCCGAACUGGGACAAAACAUGGAAAAGUUACGAUUAGAGGUCCAGAAAUUUGAGGGCUGGCUGGCUGAGGUGGAGGGCAGGCUCCCCAUGCGGACUGAGCAGACCCGACGACAGAGCGGAUUGUAUGAAACCCAGAAUACCUCGGCUGUCAACAAUUGUGCCCAGGACCGGGAGAGCAGCCCAGAUGGCAGUUACACAGAGGAUCAGAGUCAGGAGAGUGAGAUGAAGGUGCCGGCUACGGAUUUUGAUGAUGAAUUUGAUGAUGAAGAACCACUUCCUACCAUAGGAACGUGCAAAGCACUCUAUACAUUUGAAGGUCAGAAUGAAGGAACAAUUUCAGUAACAGAAGGAGAAAUGCUCUAUGUAAUAGAGGAAGACAAAGGUGAUGGAUGGACCCGAAUCCGGAGGAAUGAAGAUGAGGAGGGUUAUGUCCCCACGUCAUAUGUCGAAGUCUAUUUGGACAAAAAUGCCAAAGAUUCCUAAAGGUGUUUGUGCUGGUGCAGGAACCUCGGGGCGAGCUUGUCACAGAAGGAGAAACAAAUGGUCUGUUUACCCUGCAGGCAGUUCACACACACCCACGAGAGCAGGCGCCUGGUCUGGUCUGGAGUUAGCACUUGAGACAAACUAAAGUCUAAAUUCCAUCCCAGCAUUACUCAGCCGCUUGCUCUUUUUUAUGGCAUGCUACUUGUGGCUCAGACUAACUUAUUGACUCUCCCCACUGUUCUGCCAGCUGGGCCCUGCCCUUCUGUAGAACAUGCUCAGCCUUCCCCUCCUCACCACUGCUCCCUGCCCCUCGACCAGAUGACAAACUGCUGGCUGCACUUUGAUACAAAGAGUAACCAGAGAAUCCCAGGCAUGUGCCAGAUGGUAUUCUACCCUCCCCUGGCCCUCAGUCCAUCUGAAUGUAUGCACCAGUCCAUCAGCAUUUCACACAGUGCCUUUGGUGCCACUCUUGCAGGUAGUCUUAUCAGACAGCUAGGAAAGGAUGAACAUACACAUGGAAAGCCAGCUACAGGAACCAUGUUACAGCAGCCAGGCUGGGCUCUUGAGUCCAGCAGCUAAAUUUAACACAUCAGAAGAUGGAUUCCCCAGAGGAGUCACAAAUGUUAACACACCAUUUCACUUUUUAAAACGUGGCAGGUGCUUGCUCCCUCCACUUGUCCCCACUGACGUUGUUACAUCCUGCCAGCCUAGAUGCUCAUGCACGUAUGCUUGCUUUCCUGCUCGCUUCCUCAUGUGUGCACGCACACACAAACACACACACAAACACACACACACACAGAGGCAUUUGGGUUUGAAGCCCUGUUCCCCUGGCUACCAAGACCUCGUUUUCAUUUUGUUUCAGCCAGCAUGCUCGCCCUGCUGCCUUGCCUGCACCCACCUUCCAAAGGGUCGUGUCACUUUGCAGUCCGUUGUUAAUCUCUUUGCAGUUUUUUUUACGCAUUUCAGACCUGCCUUCUCCUUUUGCAUGAGCUCCUGUGCACUCUCACGAAAUGUGUUUGAAUAGCAGAACUGUGGGGUCUGUUUGUUUUGGUUUUUUUUUUUAAACAUAAAAGAAACUGUACUUCAUGCCCUUCUCCCAUCUCGCCACGGACUGGCUUUUGGCCCUGGAGCUUCAGGUGGGAAUUUUGGCUCAUCCACUGUCACGUAUCAACCACUCUGUCGUCCUGUGCUCUUCAUAAGAGGAGAAACAGCUUGAUGGUGAUGCUGUGCCUUGUCACUUCGCAUAGUAGCAAGGAAGCCAUGCUGUUUCCAAAUGUCAUGUGAUCCGGAACUAAGCUGCCUAGACAGGGGUUUGAUCACUUCCAAAAGCCUCUGCUCCAAAAAUGUCUCUCUCAUCCUUCCCUUCAAAGUCUUUACACUUGGAUGCUGCAACGAUCCCAUACCUCCUCAAACCUUGUCUAACAGCAGCUAGUUUGGUAAUAAUUUGCCAUGUCUUGUCUUAUGAAUCUGUUGCUUUGAUUGAUUGCAUUAUGAGGAAACCAUUUGGGGGGUGCAGGACUAGGAAUAUCCAGUUCUCAUGACAUUUCUCUGGAUCUUUUGCAAAUGUAUUAGAAUUAGAGGUAACUUAAGAUAGAUGCCACCACAGUUAAUGGCCCUGACAUGAGACCUCUGAGCUUUGGUUUGCAGGCAUAUGUCAUGUUGCAAUGCUUUCUGCUGUUCUUGUGAGCAGAGUCUGUACUAAGAUGCAGUAAGUGGAAUCAUGCUGUUUCUGUUCAGAUUUGCUGAAAUCUUUCCCACUCAAGAGGAAAUCGUUAAGUUGCUGUUUAGGUUAAACGUUGUAUUCUUGGCUUUGUGCUCUCUUUUCUUUUUUAUUUCAAAAUUUGACUUUUAUAUUCAAUAGCACAGAGUCACUCAUUUUUUACAGUUAAUGCUAUAGCUAUUGCAUUAUCAAGCUUAACAACUACAAGCUUCCACAAGCAGAAAGACGACCAAUUUCUUCAAAUCUAAUUAACAUGGCCUAGGAGUCUGCACUGUCAGAGAAGCUGGUAUAAACUCAGAAACACCUUCAGCCACAGUGUUAUCCAUCUGACGGGUCAUGAUCAGCUGAACUGCCAUCCUUAUCAUUGUCGCUCCUGUUUGUUUAACUCUUUAGAUGUGUAUGUGCCUGGUAGCAGAGUAAGAUCAAGUCGCUUGCUCUUGUGAGUCCAUACACAGAGCAGUGAUACAUGUGUGCAGUGAGUCUGUGGCACAGGAAGAUCAUCCUAUCCCUAUCGGGGAUCUAAAUGGUUAAAUAAUCAGGAGUGCAAAAAUUCUUAGCUGCGGUAUUUAUUCUUUUGUGCAUCUGCUACACUGUUGAAUCAGCAGUUAGAAUUGGCUCAUUUUCACUCUUUUUUGUGCCAUCUGUAAAAAUGAGAGAAAAGUUUGCUUUUAUAUAUUUAAUCUAGGUGGACAGUAUAUUAUUGUCAGCCUCUGUGGAACAUUUGAACCAUCGCAAUAUCAGUGUUGCUACAUAGCGCUUUAGAAGGAGCAUUAGCUUUGGCCAUGCCAACUGAUUUUUCUUUGGAAGUGUUACCGGAAGACUCUCUAUGGAGUUUUUAUAAACUUGAUGCCCAUUUUCAGAAGCCCAGAUUUGACAAGAAAACAAACUAGCACCAGUUGGAUACCGUAUCCUACACGGCUUGUUUCUAUUGUGUUUAUCCAGGGUAAGAAGUAGGUAAUUGCAGUAGAAUUUACUUUUAAAAUAAAACUGAAAUAGAUUAAAUGUGUGACUGGUUUAUAAAAACUCUGCUUGAACUUACUAAGAUCACACUGCAAAUGUGAUUGUACAUGCUAUAAAACAAAAUCUCACCCACCCUUGUCCCCAGAAAAAGUCUCUCUAAUGCCCUUUCUUAACAUCUGUAAAUAGAGAAGAAAAAAACAUAUUUACUGAUACUGAAAAGUUGUGUUUAAUGCCGAGUAUUUUUCAAAAGUUCUUUUGGUCUAAUGCAUAUCAGUGUUUUUUUUUUCUCCCUGCUUGAAGUGUCAAAAGACCUGAAAGAAGCCAAAUUCUAUUUUAACAUGAUGAUGUUGAGCACUUUUUUUAUUUGUACUUGUGUGUGUAUGUGUGUCUGAGCACUGAACUCUAGAUUUUGGUGGCAUCUCAGUGUUGUGAUUUCAUUGCCAAUGUAAAAGGUUCUGGUGUUGCCCAUUCAUUUCUGGAGACAGAAUUCAGCCAAAUAAAGUGCUUCCAUUUGAAAGCGA